AUAAUUCUACCGAAUGUUCACGAACUUCGGUAGCACUAUAAGUGACAAGCAUGUAAAACUUUCAUCUAUUUGAUCUGAAUCGUUGGGGCGAAAACUGAACAAUGAUUGAAAUAAACGUUGCGUUUUAUCCGCGUGCUUCGUACACGUCGUGAUCGACAAAUAGCCUGAUGAUGAUGUUCGUUCACAAUUAAUAAUGGAAAAACGGAAUUCCAAUAGCAAGGAUGACUGUCAGGUCCUCCAAUGUUUCGUCGCCAAGCAAAAUACCAUUUUGAUGCGUAUGUCGGGAGAAUGUGACAAAAAUGUCAAUACAUUACGUCUCGGCAUGCUCGUUGAGGCUGUCGAAGAUUUAGGAGACAGCUUGCUUAAAGUACGCGUCAUUGAUACGACAGGAUCAGAAUGGCGUGGUACCGAAUGGCGAUGUCACAGAUUCGAUUUAAUAGCCGUUUCGCCAGAAGUAUGGAAAUUUCUACCUGCUGUUACAGUACCACAAGAAAGGGUUCAUUUGGCUAACCGUAAACGUCUGUGUGAAGAGCUUAUGAGCCUAGCAGUAAAUGAUGCUGUUUGGUAUUGUGCUAAUCCCCAGGGAUGUACCAAAUAUUUGGCUAUUAUUAAGUACAUUGGACCUGUGCCACAGCUUGGCCAGGGAUAUUAUUUUGGCCUUGAUUUGUUGGAAGGAGAAGAAUCUUCUAAGACAGCUUUGUUGAGCAAGGAGUACUUUGUUUCUAAUCAUUCUGAAGGAAGAUUUGCUUCAUUAAGUAACGUUUUCCCAUUAAUACCUGGGGGUCCUACAGGCCUUGCAAAGACAGACAAAAAUUUAUUUAUGAAGAAUGACAUAGGAAACAAUUACACUAAUGAUAAAAAAAAAUCUGUACUAGAUUCUACACCACCUGUGAUGUUAGAAAGAUUCAUUAACUUUGAUGACAAUAAAAAUAAUAAUAGAGACCAAAAAUCUUUGUCAAAGGAAUACCUUCAAUCAGUAAAGUCAAUAACACAUGAGAAUGACAGCAAUGUAACUAAAAGCACAACUACUCAUGGUAGUACACCUGAAAAGAAUGAAAAUAAAAAAAUUGGACGAACAGAAAACUCUGAUUUAAUUGUGGGUUCAAAUGUGAAGGUGCUUUUGGAUUCUGAUGUACACUAUGGAGUUAUUCGUUGGAUCGGAACACCCCCUGGUAUUACCCCUGGAAAAUUAAUGGCAGCUGUAGAAUUGGACGAUAGUCACCCAUCAGGUACCGAUGGAACAUACAAAGACGUCCGAUAUUUCCACUGUCGACCUUAUAGAGCUGUUUUCAUAGAUCUCGAUCAAUGUUCUCGUUGUGACACCAUGGCGAAAAUUGAUGAUCCAACAACGUCGAUAAGUACAGAUAAUUUCGGAAAUAUGGAAAGCUCUGUAAUUGUCGGUAUGGUGCGGCCUAUUUCUGUAAAAGGAAACUUGGAAAGUAUUUGCGGAAAAUACCGAGGAAUCCAAGGCCAUCACAAUUCGUGUUAUUUAGAUGCCACCCUUUUCAGCAUGUUUACAUUCACUAGUGUUUUUGAUAAUCUAUUAUUUAGGCCGCCAAAUGAAAAGGACUGUCCACAAUACGAAGAAGUACAAAGAGUAUUACGCGAAGAAAUUGUAAAUCCACUUAGAAAAAAUAUGUUUGUAAGAGCAGAUCGAGUGAUGAAGCUGCGAACUUUGCUCGAAAAAUUGUCGUCCGUAUCUGGCCUUACUAGUGAAGAAAAAGAUCCUGAAGAAUUUUUGACGUCCCUGGUUGCUCAAAUUCUGAACGCCGAACCAUUUCUCAAAUUGAGUUCUGGUCAGGAUGCAUAUCAUUACCAACUUUUCGUUGAGAAGGACGAUCACUUAAACCUUCCAACCGUACAACAAUUAUUAGAACAAAGUUUUCUUACAAGUAAUAUAAGAUUGAAAGAAGUUCCUUCAUGUCUUAUCAUACAAAUGCCACGAUUUGGGAAAUCAUUCAAAAUGUAUCAAAAGAUUCAGCCUACGUUGUUACUCGACGUGACAGACAUAAUUGAAGAUUCUCCUCGGCAAUGUACUGUUUGUGGAAAAUUAGCAGAGUUCGAAUGUAAAGAGUGUUACGGACAAUGCGGUGCUGGUCUCGAAAGCACUGCCUUUUGCUUACAAUGUUUAGAGACGGUACAUCAACAUGAACGAAGGACAAAUCAUGAACCAAAGAAACUUGUAGUACCAAUGGAAUUCGCUAUAUUGCAAGAACAUUGUCCUGUCCCGCGAUUGUACCUGGAACUAUCAGCAGUAGUGUGUAUCGAAACCUCUCAUUAUGUGUGCUUUGUAAAAUGCGGUUCAGGCUCAGAAGCACCGUGGUGUUUCUUUGAUUCUAUGGCUGAUAGAAAAGGCGAACAAAAUGGUUACAAUAUACCAGAAAUGGUUCCGUGUCCAGACUUCCCAUAUUGGUUAAGCGAAGAAGGCGGAAAUUAUUUGACUGAAUUAACGGACGACCGUCACCUACCAGAACAUGCAAAACGACUUUUAUGCGACGCAUACAUGUGCAUGUAUCAAUCCCCCGAUGUUAUGAUGUACAAAUAAGUUGAAUUGCCCGAUAAUUUAGGUAAGUUAGGUUUAAAGUCAUUACUCAAUGAACUUAAGCAUAAUGUUUGUGCUUGUUUUAUUUAUUUGAUGUACGCAAAUUGGUGGUACGACAAAGGCAAUUAUUCGUAAAAGACUUAUAUCAGUAAAGACAAGAGAUUUAAAAAAAAAAGAAACGUGAGGCUGAAUUGUA